AUGGACGUCGAAUGGUUUCGAGGACAAGUCGUGUUUCUCACGGGAGCAACCGGGAAUCUCGGCGGCUGUCUGUUAUACAAAUUAGCCAUUCAACUUCCAACCUCCAAAAUAUUCGUACUGGUGCGGGGAUCUGUCCAAAGGGCAAUAGAAGCAUGGGAACAAUCGAUGCCCGAGCAAGUAGAAGAGAUUAUCGCCACUUGCAAGAUCCAAUUCUUCCUCGGGGACAUGACCCAGCCGAACCUCGGUCUCUCACCCGCCAACCUAUCGCGCCUACAAAAUGAGACUACGAUGGUGAUCAAUACUGCCGGUGACAUCGCCCUAUCUCGGGAUCUCGCAGAGACUAUACCAAUUAAUUGCACCGCCCAUUUAACACUGGCUGCUCUACUAGACAGUUUCACCCAACUGCAUCGCUUCCUUCACAUAUCAACUACAUAUGUCUCCAGCUUCCUUCCGGAUGGCGUGGUCAAGGAGCAAAUCUACCCUCUAUACAAAGACCCAGUAGAGGAAUUAGGGAAGAUUCUCGUAACAGGAAAAUCAUCCUAUACACAAGAAUUCGCGGCUCCCUAUGCAUUGGCCAAACACCUGGCUGAAUGUUUGCUUGUUGGUGGCGACCACAAAGUCCCCAUUCUCAUCGUGCGACCCUGCCUCAUAUCACCGGCAAUCGAGGAGCCCUACCCGCUUUAUGGCAGCGAUGGCGCUAUACCCGUACAUUCCUUUCUCCAAAUCCUCCUAGGAGACUCGGAAUAUGGGCCUCUGAAGCUCGAGCAGACAUUACCUUCGGACGCAGCCUGCAAUGAGAUACCAGUUGAUCUCGUGGCUCGUACUUGCCUGGCUCAUAUUGCCCAAGGAACGACAGGUGUGGUUCACGCCAGCGCCGAUUUGUACAUCUCACGAUCCAUUGGGGAGUUACUUGAGCGUAUGCGUCGCCACGCGCCAGAGGGAGCGGUUGAGCAGGUACGGAAGGCCGGUAUUGACCACGGAGAAGUCACAGCUCCUGAGUUCUACACCAUGAUCCAGCAAUUUGCAAGGGACUGGAAUAUUGAGUGUACGCGAUCUGCUCAUCUGAAGCAAGUCGCAGGCGUAUUGGGACUUGACCUGGGCGAUCAUGACCCAGAGAUCUUCUUUAGACUUCGUAUCGAGAGGCUGGCUAAGACUCUUCUGGAAAAGCUCGAAACUGCUAGUGCGGCAAGUAACAAGGUCUAUCCCAAUAUCUCUUGA